AUUGUGGCUAGCUUUAUACAGGUCCCAGCUAGCGAGCUAGGAAGCUAACGCGAACUCUGUGCUAGUGUGUUCUGAGAAGAUGUCUCCGCUAAGUGAUAAUCCAGCUGAAAAAGAAAGGUAGGUAAUAUUAGAUGCAUAUCUCUUGUUUUUCCAUGAAACGUUUGUGAAUAGAAGUCCUAACGUUACCUGUGAACAGAAAAACAAGCGAAGAGAAGACAGCCAUAUGUGUUAGCUAAAUUAGUUAGCUCACACUAGCUAGCGUGCCAACGAAAAUCGGUAGCCAACAUUGACGUUAGUUGGCUAGCCAUUUUCUUUGUCGUUACAAAUGAAAAGACGUAUGAACUUGUAAUUGUAUUGUUGGAUGCAGUUGAGGCGGCAGUAGCGCUUGCUAGCUAGCUGUUGCUAUUCACGUGACGUGUGCAACCCUACUUGAGUGCACUGAAUCCAGAUGAAAUGAGCUAAAUAGCAAAUUUAGCAGCUGGCCAAUUAGAUAGCCAUCAAGUUAUGAAUAGCUAGUUACCUAACAUGUUCUUCCUGAUUUACUCUGUUGCAGGUUUAUCUGCAUAUACCCUUCCUAUGUAAACAGUAAGAAGACCCUAGCAGAGGGGAGACGGAUACCUGCUGAAAAGGUAAACCAAAUCUGCAACAUUGUUCUAAUUUAUUUGGUUCAAUGCAUGGUGGACCACUUGCUAUUGCCGAUCUAUCUUGGUAAAUUGACACAUACACACCACUAUGGUCUACCUUUACCACAAGUAUACACUUCUUGAUACUGAUUCAUUAUAGCCUAUGUCAGCCAAACUCAAUUGGUGGUCCGGAUCCAGAGAAGGGUCAAUCCGGACCCGACAACAUCGCAUUUUGUUAUAUAAAAGUAAAUACAUUAUUUUUAAACGGCUUUUAAAAAAUCAACGGGCGCAGUGGCCUCUUUAACUCAGCGGCCUCUCGCUCUCCCUCGAAGCAACGCCCACCUCUACUAGUGCCCUUUCUAAUCCAAUCGCGUGGUUAUAUGCAAAUAUAAGAGGCCGCGUUUUACCCUAUCACAUUAAUCAAAAUAUCCUUAGCGGAACCUUGGGACAAACAGGCAGAAAUAUUUGGCCGCGGUUCAACUGUAAAUAUCACAGAAAGAAGGAGCUUAGUUACCAGUAUCUUUGUUAAUAUGGCUUGUUCAAAAAAAUGAAAAGUUUACUCUGAAAACCGUAUGUUCAAAGACGAGUGGACGGAACAGUAUUUAUUUAUUCUCCCCGCAACUAGCACAAAACCAAUUUGCCUGAUAUGCAUUGAGUCCGUAGCUCUCGUGAAAAGUGCCAAUGUUAAGCGCCAUUAUGACACCAGGCAUAGUAAAUUCGAUCAGACGUAUCCCCUGAACACGGAGGUGAGAACAAACAAGAUUAACCAACUCAAAUCCCAAUAAGUCCUUUAAGAUUCCCUGACAGCCCAAUAACGUGCAAUGGCGUGUUCACUGAGGAUAGCUUGGGUUUUGGGAAAACACACACAAAAUAAAAACUUUUUCAGACGCUGAGAUGGUAAAAUAGUGCAUAUGUGAAGUUGCUGACACCUUGCUUGAAGCUAAACAAAAAGAUGAGGUCAGGGAAGAAAAUGUGGCUUUGAAGGAGCAGGUUGGUGAUUGUGGCCCUGUCACUUUCUGGGGAAAGAUGGUGCCUGCAGCUGAUGUCCCUGUUCUCAAGAAACUGGCACUAUACAUCCUGACCAUGUUUGGCUCCACAUAACAGCUGUGAAUCAGCCUUCUCCACAAUUAACUUUUUAAUUAAGUUUUAAUUAAUUCUUAGUCUCAUUUAAUGUAUUUAAUGUACAUUUUAUAAAAAACAUGUUUUCUAAGUCGUAGACGACUAUGUUUGUUACUACACUGUACCACAGCGCCGAUAAUGGACAUUUGUGUCACUGGACCUUCUCUAAUAGUAGUUGAGUACCCCUAGCCUAUGUCCUCAAGUGUGUUGAGGGAUAAGGCUGACAUCUUGGUUUUCCGCUCUGUACUCAACCAGGCAGUGGAGAAUCCUACUUGUGCUGAGAUCCGUGAUGUGUUGACAGCAGCGGGGGCAAAUGUUCUUGUGGAGGUAAUGACCAAUAUUACAUCAAUAAUGGAUUGCAAAGCUACAUAUGGUGCUUUACAUAGGAGGGGAACUCUUCAUUCAUUACCAUUGUGUAGCUCGCACCUAGGUGAUUCGACAACAGCCAUUUUCCAUCGUCAAACACGUCACCAUAAGUUAGGGGUAUGGCAUUGCCUGAUUAUAAUUCUCUAAUUGUUGUUCAAUUGACCAACCACAGAACAAGAUGUACUCCAGAGAGUGGAACAGAGACGUGACAUUCAGAGGAAGAGUACGUGUUCAGUUAAAGCAGGAGGAUGGAACUCUCUGCUCAGACAAGUUUGCAUCACGUGAGUUUGUGAAGGGGAGGAGCAAUGGCCUAUGGUUCAAAUUAGCCAAACUGGAAGCAAUGCAGUCUGUUUUCACCAUCAACCGGUCUCACAACGCACAGUUGUGUGUGUGACACCAUUUACUUUUUUUUUAAUGCUUUGCUUUCCUUCUGAUUGUCCCUAAAGGUAAAGACGUGAUGAUCUACUGUGCUGAGAUGAUCCCCAAACUGAAGACCAGGACCCAGAAGGGUGCAGGGGCAGACUCAGGCUCCCAGCAAGGGGAGGGCAGCAAGAAAAGCAAGAAGAAGAGGAAGUAGAGGCCCUGUCCAGUCACACAAAGGUCCCCAUAUUACUGUUCAGUUUACUGUAAGAAACCAAGCAAGGAAGGAAGUCUGUCACAAGGAACUGGCAAGUGUCAAACCGAAAGAGUGAGAAAAUACAAAUGUAUGUGAGGUAAUUAUUUUGUAUAGGCCCGUAUGUAUGAUGCUAUGAUGUGAUAUGCCAUCAGUCACAUGUAAACAUGUAUAUUUUGUGAAUGUUAUGUAUACAUCAAAGUAUUCUGUUUCAAUUGCUGAUUGACUGCCCUGUGGUCUUAGGGAAAUGAAAGUCAAAUAAACAAUGAUUGCUUCCACUUUGUUCUGACAGUGAGAAUCAAUUGUAUUAUUCUAGUCAAGCUAUUAUGACACUUAACUUUUUCUUUUACCCAUCCCUUAUUUGCAUUAUUAUUUUUUUUUACAGAUAUUUCUUUCCUCAUCUGUGUCUAUAUAAAAUAAAUAAAUGACUUGAGGUCACACAUACAAAGCAUGUCAAAUGUUUUCACUUGUUUCAAUUUAUUUAGGCAGGUUUCAUGCUUAGUUUUUAACUAUACUGAACAAAAAUAUA